GAAUUUCCUGGCACUGGUGAUUUUUUUUGUGAAGAACAUGGCCAACUAAAGGCUGAAGAAACCGAACAUUGCUACAAAAUUCAUUUGGCUGUCGGAGACACUACUGGUUCGGCGUGCUUCGUCGCACUUGGAAAGACCGCUGAAUCUUUGCUUGGAGUUACAGCAAACGAACUAUUGUUGCAGCAUCCCCACCGCCAUGGCCAUUUCCCUCCGGCAAUUGUGGCCAUGAAUGGAUGUUGGUUUUCGUUUUGUGUGCAACUCCCUAAACCUGGAUAUCUGGCUCAGACUCCUCUGGAGUUUACUAUACUUUCUGCAUUC